CGCACUGCAGAUAGGUCAGGGCGGCAGAUCGGGUAGUGACAACGACACGGAAGAAAGAGGAAAAAAAACCCUGAAAAUAUGACAUUAAUAAGGACUGGAGAAACUAGAUUUUAAAGCGUGUUUGAUGACACUCUGUGAAACAGGGACUGUCGUUUAACUAUCGCGGACCAGCACCAGCACACGUAACUGCCGGUGACAACAAUCACAACAAACAUUUAGCUAACUCAGAGGCUAACAGCUGCAUUGCAGUUCAAGCAGAUUGGCGCGUUUCGGAUCCAGAGUAUUGAUUAACUCGUACUGAGCAACACCAUGGACUGCAACACGGCGGACGUUCCGAGUCAAGUGGCCCAAGACCCUCCAGGGAACACCUGCUCUGAAGAUGACGUUACUCUCUCAAAGCUCCAGGCCAAGCCAGACAUUGAGGAGAAGCAGUCACAUGAAAACACACACAGCUCGAGCACUAAGUCAAAACAGGACACACGUGCUUCUGAUGACCCUUCAGAUGAUGAACCUUUGAUCAAAAAGAAAAAAGUCUCUGCUCCAGCUGAGGAAGUGGAGGAAAAAGACAACACGUCACUCAAAUCAAAUGGCACAAGUGACAAGAAAGCAGAUAUGAAUACAGAUGAUGACUCCGACGAUGAGCCUCUCAUAAAAAAGGCCAAAAAGCCCUCAAAAGCGGCAAAGAAGACUUCCUCGGUCUCUCCAAAAAAAUCAGUUGAUUUGAAGAAGAAAGAAUCCCUGGAUAACGAUGAUCAUGAUUCGGAUUAUGAGCCUCUGAGUAAACCUGGCAAGAAACAUUACCCCAAACGUGAGAGAAAGUCACCAUCUGGGACUCCUAGAAAAGCGGCCUCAGUCAGAUCACAAAGGAACGCAGCAAGGAAAAAGGAGAAUAACAGCUCCUGCUCUGAAGACGACGUUAACUCAAAAAAGGAAGAACAAGCUUCUGAUGACUCCUCAGAUGAUGAACCUUUGAUCAAAAAGAAAAAAGUCUCUGCUCCAGCUGAGGAAAAAGACAACACGUCACUCAAAUCAAAUGGCACAAGUGACAAGAAAGCAGAUAAGAAUACAGAUGAUGACUCCGACGAUGAGCCUCUCAUAAAAAAGGCCAAAAAGCCCUCAAAAGCUGCAAAGAAGACUUCCUCGGUCUCUCCAAAGAAAUCUGUUGUUAUUAAGAAGAAAGAAUCAAUGGAUGACGAUGAUGACUCUGAUGAUGACUGUGAUGAUGAGCCUCUGAGGAAAGUUGGCAAGAAACGUUACCCCAAUCGUCAGAGAAAGUCACCGUCUGGGACUCCUAGAAAAGCGGCCCCAGUCGUCAGAUCAAAAAGGAACUCAGCAAGGAAAGAGGUUAAAUACGAUGAGUCUUCUGGUGACAGCUCAGAUGAUGAACCACGGUCACCAAUGAAGAGGAAGGCGCCUAAAGACAGCAGCUCCGGUGAUGACGAUGUGCCCUUGGUGAAUCUGGUUGCCAAAAAGAAGGAACCAGUGAAGGAAAACACAAAGAAGAAAACCGCAGCGCAAGGCAGAGGGUCCACAAAGAGACGAGGAUCCUCGGAUGAAAGCUCAGAGGAUGAACCCUUGAGUAAUCUUUCGGAAAAGAAGAAACAAACCAAAAAGGCUUCAACUCCGAAGAGGAACACAAAGUCAAAAAAGACGACAGUUUUAGAGUCGACAAGCGAUAGUCCGGACGAUAAACCCCUGAUUAAUGUUGGGAAAAAGAAGAGCACAGACAGACAAACAAAAGUCAAACCGAAGGCUUCACCUGCGAAGAAGAAGAGGAACGCCGAGUCAAAAAGCGACAGCUCAGACGAUGAACCUGUAAUUAAUGUCGCGAAAAAGAAAACCACAGACACACAAAGAAAAAUUCAACAAAAAGCUUUACGUGCAAAAAGGGAGACGAACACAGAGUCAACAAGCAGCUCAGAUGAUGAACCCUUGAGUCAUUUCGGGAAAAAGAAAACCGCAAACAUACAAACAAGGAAAAAAACGAAGGCUUCACCUGCAAAGAAGAAGAACAUAGACACGGCAAGCGACAGCUCUUAUGGUGGGAAAAAGAAAAGCACAAACAAAAGAAGAAAAAACAAACCGAAGGCUUCACCUGCUAAAAAAAAAAAGAGGACUACAGAGACGACAGGCGACAGCUCAGAUGAUGAACCCUUGAUUAAUGUUGGGAAAAAGAAAACCCCAGACAGACAAACAAAAAACAAAACAAAGGCUUCACCUGCGAAGAAGAACAACACAGACACGACAAGCGACAGCUCAGAUGAUGAAACCUUGAUUAAUGUUGGGAAAAAGAAAACCCCAGACAGACAAACAAAAAACAAAACAAAGGCUUCACCUGCAAAGAAGAAAAAGAACGCAGAGUGGACCAGCAGCAGCUCAGAUCUCUCCGAUGGCAGCUCGGACUAUGAACCCUUAGUUAAUGUUGUAAAAAGGCAAAGUAGAGGCAAACAAACGAAAGCUUCACCAGCAAAGAAAAAGAGGAACACAACUCCCAAAAAGCCAAAAAAGAAGAAUGUUUCAGCGUCUUCAAGCAACAGUUGCGACGAUGAGCCUUUAUUCGACGCCGCUAAACACCCACAAGUGACCAAACUCAUGAGAAUAAUCGUGGAGAGGUGUGAUCUGGAAGAAGCCGGAGCCCUGCACAAAACCAGUCCAGAAAAAAAGAUUCCUGAUGAUGAAAUGAUCUCGAACAUCGACUCACCAGAAGAAGAAUAAGCAGAUGGAAUACUGGUUAUGGUGUUUUUUUGAUAGUUUUAUUGUUGAAAGUGGAAAUCUGCCAGAGAGAUAGCUCCUUAAAGAAUCCCAGUGGUAUUGUUAAGUUUAAAUGUGUGUUUUGUAUACAGUACAUACAUUAGGUGUUGGGAAAUGUACUCCCAUUUUUCUUUUUACUUUGGGACCAGAUUUAGCAGGUUCCUGAUAAAAAUGUGAUGUCGUCUUUUAUGUUCUUUUACUAUUUUUAAUAUUGUUUGCACUAACUGUGUUCUUUCUGGUUUUAAAUGUUUUUAAAGAAUAUUUUAACACAUUGAUGUAACUGAUAUUUGUGCUUUCAUAUGAACAUUUUACUGUGAUUGUCAAGUCAAUCAAUGAUUUUUGCACACUGAAAUCACAAAUGUGUUCAUUUAAUUUUGACUCAAUUCAACAUUUUGACAUUGGGCUGCAGUUGAACCAUUUCUCAAAAGAGGAUUUUACUGUGGGAAAAUUAUUUAUAUUGUUCAUUCAAUGUUUUAAUAUUCAAAUCACGUUUGAGUUAACACGUAUGUGUUAACAAAGCCAAUUGAAAGAAAGAAAAUACUGUUCAAAAGCAAUUUGUCUUGUUCAACAAACCAAAAUUGAAACAUAGUAGGACAUUGUUUUUGUAUUAGUUGGUGUGUUUAAUCUAGUAUACUAUAUCGUAUAGAAGAAAAAAUAAAGUUUUUAAAAAAUUUC